AUGGCCAUUGCAAGACCAGCAAAGGCAUCGGACUGGGGACCAACAGAUGUGACCACAGAUACUAUCGUCAAGUCAAACGCCGGGUUUCGGAAGCCGAGGAGGAUAAUUGAUGUCAGUGGAGAAGUUGUUUUGGUACUUGACUCUAGUUCUGAGCUCGAAUCCAACUUGCAUGGGCUCAAGCUCGCAAAGGACGGACAUACGGUCUUGGUCCCACAACCCUCAGACAAUGAGGAGGAUCCAAUGAACUGGAAAUCUUUCAAAAAACAUGCAAUCCUUCUUUGUCUUGCUUUUGCAGGCUUUGCAACAGACUUCAGUCUGGACGCUGGUAUCCCCACAGUCGCACCACAAGCCAUAGAGUGGCAGAAGAAACCACAGGUGAUGAACUACCCUAACAACAUCGCUUUAGUAUCGAUUGGUAUCUCAUCUAUCAUUUGGGUCCCUCUGAUGAGUUCCUGGGGUCGGGCCCCGGUCUUGUUCUGGAGCACUUUGUUGGGCCUACUGUUUACUCUUGGAACCGCGCUUGUGCAAGAUUACAACACCUACUACGUAAUGCGAGUGUUACAAAAUGUCACCCAAGGCACGGGUGCGACACUGGGGGUUGCUUUUAUUCAGGAUAUGUUCUUCCUUCAUGAGCGGGCCCGUAAACUUGGACUCUGGUAUUGUGUAUUUCUCAGCUCACCGUUCGUAACGCCUUUGUUUGGCUACUUCAUGGUGGCACGCCUUGGUGAAUGGCGCCCCGUGUACUGGCUAGUAUUCGCUUUGACGGCCUUAUUGGUUGCAAACAUCCUCAUCCACGUUGACGAGUCUUACUGGAACCGUUCCAUCAAUGAUGAGAAACAACCGAGACGAUUUUCUGGACAGGCAGCCCGACUUUCUCGGUUAGUUGGAGUGUGGCAGAUACGUAACCAUGUAGAUUAUUUCCACCCUAUCAUUCCAUCUUAUGUUCGCCUUUUCCGUGUCGCUUCGAAGCCUAUCAUACUGAUCACUGUGCUCACCUACAGCGUGAUAUUCAUGUGGGGCAUUGGAAUCAACGCAACGUCUUGUAUCCUGCUUGAAACCCCGGAAGACGAAGGAGGCUACGGUCUUAGUGCGAUGUCGCUCGGCUACAUGUACUUUACCCCGAUUGUUGCAGUGUGUCUAGGUGAGGCCGUGGGCCAUUAUUUGAACGACUUCAUGGUCCUGGUCUACACCCGGAGUCAUGACGGUCGCUUUGUGCCUGAAGCUCGAUUGUGGUCGAGCUAUGUUGGCGGUCUUCUCAUGAUCCCGGGGCUCGUUCUGGUGGGCCAGACUCUUAAGCAUCAUCUACAUUGGUCUGGCAUUGUUUUUGGUUGGGGAAUGUAUCAAAUGGGGGUGAUGUUGGUAUCAGUUGCUAUUGUCGCGUAUCUUCUGGAUUGCUAUCCGUCUGCCUCUCCGGAAAUCUCUGCCUGGGUCAACAUUGGCCGGACAAUGACUGGAUUUGCGGUGGGCUAUUUCCAGCAGCCGUGGGGUCUCAAACAAGGAUAUGAUGUCUCUUUUGGCCUUCAGGUUGUUAUUGUGGCUGUAGCCUUCCUGGUAUUAGCAACAGUUCAAGGAUUUGGAGCGAGGAUCCGAAAAUGGUCUGGUCCUCUUCCCUAG